AUGCGGGCAACUCGGGAAGUCAGGCUAGGGGCCGAGCUUUCAAAUUGGGAGCCAGAGAAGCUAGAGAGGAUCCCAACGUGGUAUCAGAUAAGGAAGUACCUAAAGAAGAAUUACCCUGCAUACUUGGCCCACAUAAUAGAUGGAAGAAUCAGGAAGGAUAACAUUGAGGAUUUACCCAUAGUUCGGGAAUUUUCCGAUGUCUUCCCGAAAUAUCUGCCAGGCUUGCCCCCGCAAAGGCAAGUGGAGUUCGGUAUCGACUUGACCCCUGGAGCUGCUCCGGUGGCCAAGGCACCAUACCGUUUGGCACCCUCAGAAAUGCAGGAAAUGUCGACCCAACUCCAGGAAUUGUUAGACAAAGGCUUUAUAAGGCCAAGCCAUUCACCAUGGGGAGCACCGGCAGAAAUUGGUGAUAAACAAUUAACUGGACCUGAUAUUAUCCAAGAAACCACCGAUAAGGUCGUGGUAAUCAAGGAUCGACUCAACGCUGCUAGGGAUUGA